AUGCAAAUGCAUUUGUUUGAAUUCAUUUGCACAAAAAAAAAAUGUGUUUCAGCACAAUCCAUUACAACUAUUCCUGAUACAACUACUCCUGAUACAACUACCCCUGAUACAACUACUACUGAUACAACUACUCCUGAUACAACUACUACUGAUACAACUACUACUGAUACAACUACUACUGAUACAACUACUCCUGAUACAACUACUACUGAUACAACUACUUCUGAUACGACUACUCCACUUACUUCUUCCGAUACAGCUAUUCCAGUUCCCACUCCUGAUACAACUACUACUGAUACAACUACUCCUGAUACAACUACUACUGAUACAACUACUCUUGAUACGACUACUCCACUUACUUCUUCCGAUACAGCUAUUCCAGUUCCCACUCCUUAUACAACUACUCCUGAUACGACCACUCCACUUACUCCUCCCGAUACAGCUACUCCAGUUCCCCCUCCUGAUACUUCUCCAUCAAUCGAAACAACUUCAAGUAAUAAAAAUCCUAAUACUAUUACAUCAACUGGCAUUUCUCUUCCCGUUACUUUUACACAAACAACAGUCACCACGGGUAGCGUUUCUUGUAGUUCAUGCAAAAUUGAUUCUACAGUGAAUACCAAAAUCAUUAGUAAAGGUACUACAACAACUAAUUUAGAUCCACAUCCUAGUACUUUCACUACUAUUAGACCAACUACUCCAAUUGGUUCGGAUAUAUUAACAUUAUUCACCAAAAUUACAAGUACAAUCAUUAUGUACUUUCCAGGUUAUACUACAUUCUUUAUAACAACUAUAAGUCAAAAAGCAACUCCUACUGAAUUAUAUUUUCCUCCAAGUACCAUGGUUGUUGUUAAAGAACUUAUUAUUAAAUAUUAUUUCGUAAUUAUUAUCAACCGCAAUAUAUUGAACGGUACAGAUAUCAAUGAAUAUAAAAAAUCGGCGGAAAUAGGAAUUCAUAUAGUUCAAGAGAAAAGCUUUAUUCAUGAUGUUCCAAUUCGUGAAAAUGUGAGUGUUGAUAUGGAAAUUUUGUUUAUUUCGAUUAGAUCUCCAAAUAUUAGUUUAAAAUCUAGUGUUAUAAUAACUAUUGUGCCAAUAACUGGUACUGUGCUAAAUACUGCUCCAACUAGUAAUCGAACAAGUAGUUCAACUUCAACCGCUUCUUCCACUACUACUUCUAAUGCCGCCGCUCAAUCAAAUACAACAACUGAAGAUGAAUUAACCACUACAUCUCCAACUAGCCCUAGUUUUAAUUCUACUAUGCUACCUAGUUCUCCUCCAUCUAGUAGUUAUUCUAAUUAUAUGAAUUUCACUCUACCAACUAGUUUACUUAGUUAUAUAACUGCUCUAUUACCUAGUACUCCUUCAGCUACUAUUCAAAUACCAUCAACUAGUAGUCCAACUCCAACUGGUGGUUCAACCGUUAGUUCAACUGAUAAAACAACUACUAUACCUAAAACAACUGUAAUUCGAUUAAUAAUAUGUGGAAAGAUAAAUUAA